AUGGUGUCGCGACCGCGCCCCAGGGGAGGUCGACCCCGCGCCCUCCCGCGCCUCGUCGCCGUCCUCGCAGCGCUCGCGGCGAUCUCGAUCGUCGGGUCGGUCCGCGCGGAGGAUCCCCCGGUGGCCGCGGCUCUGGGGUUCGGGGGGGACGGGGGCGCCGUCGACGCUUCGCCCGUUCGCGAAGAGUACCCGAUCGCGACGGACCAGACCGACGACGCCGCGGACGAUGAUGGAGAGGAGGCGGACGACGGCGAGGAGCUGAGGCGCCGGCUGGACGAGCUCGAGCGCCUCCUGUACCUCGGCGGCGUGGAGCACCGGGACGCGGAGGGCGCGCUGGUCGGCAUGUUCGAGCUCGCGUCCGAGGCGCCGUCGAUGGAGGAGGUGAUCGAGGUCACAGGCCGUGGCGUGGGCGGCGCGGAGAGGCUCGCCGCGGACGCGCGACGCGACCUCGACGCCGCGCGAGACGCCAUCAGAUCCGCCGUGAGGCUCGCGUACGACGACUUCAACGGCCGAGCCGCCGCCGACGAACUCGAGACCCACACGUACCUCACCCUCGACCGCAUCCCCGGGGACACGUCGAGGGUGAACAUCGCGUUCGAUUUCGAGCGCGCGGAGCACGCGGGGGUGGGAUACGUCGGCCGCGCCAUCGCCCGCGCCAUCGGCUUACCGGGAUCCGAUCGCAAACCGAGCGACCCGGUGGACGUCCCGGCUGACGUCGCCCGGGUCAUCGCCGACGCCAAGAGGCUCAUCACCGACGCGGUGCGGUCCGAGAUGAACGCGCACAAGGCGGCGGUGGAAGCGGCGGGCGGUGACGCGUCACCGUCGGUCGCGACGCCGGCGCGCUGGGCCCCGAUCGCCGACGCGCUCUUCAUCCUCGCGGCGUUGGCGGAGGCUGGCGUCGUGCCGCCUGACGCGUGGCCCCUCGACGCGCUCGCGGAUACGUCCCCUUCGCAGUGGUCGCGCGACGCCCUCGCGCUGGCGGCUGAGAUGGGCAGCCGCGAGGCAUCGAUCGCCAUCGCCGACCGCGUGCUCUUCGGCCGGGGCGCGCACCCGGAGACGGAGAAGGGCGCCGACUGCGACGGCGCGGCGGCGAGGCUGGCGAAAAUCGCCGACGACGUAGCCGGGGACGCCGAGUCCGCCGGAGAUUUCGCGCUUCCCCGGGAGCCCGGGCGGCUGCGGGACCGGGAGAGGGACGCCGGGUGGGUGAGCGCGCAGGAGCUCGAGGACGGCGACGAUCAGAUACUCAUGGAGGAGGACAUGGCGGCGCGGGGCGUUCCCGAGGCGCAGAGGCACGUGGGGUACCGCCGGCUGCUCGGGAGGGGGAUGGAGCGCGACGAGGCGGCGGCGCUUCGGGAGUUUGAGGCGGCGGCGAACCAGGGGGACGAACUCGCGCAUUUCAACCUCGGGUACAUGCACAUGAGGGGCAUGUCCGUCCCCCGGAACUUCACCGAGGCGAAGAGGCGGUUCGAAGCCGCCGCGGCGAAGGACUUACCCGCGGCGCACAACGGCCUCGGCGUGCUGGCGUUUAACGGGCACGGAGGGGAGAAGAACCUCACCGCGGCGCGACAGCACUUCGAGCGCGGCGCCGCGCGGGGCGACCCGGACUCGCAGUUCAACCUCGCAUCGAUGCACGCGCAGGGUCUGGACGUCCCGAAGAACGAAACGCGCGCGCUGGAGCUGUACGCGGGCGCGAACGAGGCUGGGCACUGGCGCGCGCCCCUCGCCAUCGCCGUCGCGCACAGAGCGGGCGCGGGGACGGAACCCCAUUGCGCCGUCGCCGCGCACUACUUCCGCGUGUUCAUCGACGAACGCAGCGGGUGGACGUCGGAGCAGGAGGACGCGAUGCGCGUGCUCGACGGCGGGCCCCCGAUGGACGCGGACGAGGCGGAUGCGGAAGAGUCGACCAACGCCGCGCCGGAUCCGUGGGGCGCGUUGGUCAGGUACGCGCUCCUCGCCGAGCAAGGGUGCGAGAGCGCCGCGGCGAACGCGGGCUGGCUGCUCGCCAAGCGCGCCGGGUACGACCGCGACGACCACGUCGCGCGCGCGAUCGCGAUGCUGGAGCGAAGCGUCCGCAUGGGUAACCACGAAUCGCACGUGGACCUGGGGAACGCGCGGUGGGACCGGCUUCGCGCCGAGGGCGGUUUCACCGGAAAGAGCGGCGUCCAUCCGUCUGGGUUUGAAUGCGAGCGAUGCGGGGAGUUUGGCGACGCCGGCUGGCUCGCGUCUCGCGGUUGGCUCGACGCUGAGGACGCGCAGGACAAGGAAGGUUUGGGUCUGCGCCGCGUCAGGCUCGACCGCGUCGUCGUUCCCCCCGCGGGACUGUCCCCAGAGGAGGAGGUCGCGUUUCACUACGCCGAGGCAUCCGCCGCGGGCUUCGCCGAAGGAACCGUCGCGCUGGCGUGGGCGCACGCGCACGGCGUCGGGGUGCCCAGGAACCUGUCCAUGGCGUCGCACAUGCUGUCGCACGCGAUGCAUAACGCGGUGGACGACGAGGAGGCGGUUCCCGCAUUUUUCGCGUGGGUGGGCGUCGGCGCGCUCCGAGUCGUCGAUCGAUUCGUCCCGGGCGUCGGUUCGCGCUGGUACGCCGCGACCGGAUCGACGCCCGGGGAUGCGCGGGGCGAGCGAGGGCGGGACUCCGGGCGUAGUCGCGGUGGGGGCGGCGGCGGCGGUGGUGAUGACGCGCCGGGGAUCGGCGCGGGCGCCGGGGAAAAGCCCGUCCCGCCGCGCGUGGCGCGUCGCGACGACCCGUGGCACCCGCUGUCGCGACGGGUGGUUGAGAAUUGCGUUUUGCUGGCGCUCGCCGCGUCGUGGGGGAUCGUGGCGUACGCGCGGCGGGCGCUGAACGACCCGGGGUUCGACCAGAAUAUCGUGGAACAGAUGCCGGUGGGGGCGUUGGCGGGUGUCGGGGCCGCCAUAGCGGUCGCCGCGGGCGUCAGCGUCGCCGUCUUUGGCGGGUAG